CAAAAAAUUAGGUGAAUAAUCUCAGAAAUGGGAGACCAGAUGCGCUUUGCCAUCAGUGCCCGGAUUAUUGGGGUGAUGCAUAAAGAGGCAUCAAAAAUCAAGAUGUUUAUGACCUCCAUAGUGUGGUCUGAUGAGAGUGAAGUCAUUGUCUACAGAUCAUUCCUGGAUUUUAAGGAGUUUCACAGGCAAUUGAAGAAGAGGUUUCCCCUAGAGAAUCCUUUCCGCAAGAGAGACAGAGUGAUUCCCAAAUUCAGAGCCAUAACUAUGAGGAGAAAGAUCCAGGAGAAGGGUCCUAGUUGGUCGAUGCGUCGGAUGAAUUUACUGGAAAACUACUGCAGCGAGCUCCUCAGGUGUGAACCCGCGGUGAGCCGCAGUUCAGAGGUCACCCAGUUCUUCAUGCCCAAAGACCACGACCUGCAGGCAGACUUCACCAAAAACAGCAUCAUGAUCCUGCCAUCGGAGGAUGGGGUGGGGGACAUGAGCGGGCAGCGUCUGAGCCUGGGCAAUGUGACACACCCCUUUGUGAGCCAGUCUUACCGUUGUGUGGGGCCCUACAACACCAAGGAUACUAAGAACAGGCCCUUUAAAGUGGCCUUGGAUGAGAGGCUGGAUGUGCUCAUCAAAGACCCAGCAGGCUGGUGGCUGGUGGAGAACGAGGAUAAACAGUUGGCCUGGUUCCCUGCUCCCUACCUGGAGAUGUGUGAGGCAGAGGAGGAUGAAGAUGGAUUGGAUGGUGGAACUCUCUACUGCGCUGUGAGGAGUUACUCCACUAAGAUGCAUGACGAGGUGCCUGUUCCUAUUGGCUCUGUGGUUGAGGUGCUGAGGAAAUCAGACGACGGAUGGUGGCUCAUCAGGUAUAAUGGCAGAGUGGGCUACGCUCCCUCCAUGUACCUGCAGCCUUACAACAACCCACGUGCUGGCCUCCACACCCUGCAGAGGAAGCUGCACAGCUCCUCUCUCAAUCUGGCAACCCACAUGAACAGCUCUACUCUCAAUCUGGCAUUCAGCAGAGACAGCCAAUCUCGCAACUGUUACCCACCCACCCUGUAUGAGGAGACAGGGCUGCAGCAGCACAUGUCAACCCAGCCCAGGGAUGAACGGUACCGGACCUCCCGUCUCCAGAAGACCUGCUCUCUGGAGCUCCUGUCUGAGACUCGUCCCGACAUGGCCGUCCCUCCAUCCCAAAGAGAGAGAGAAGACCUGGAGUCAAAUCCGGAUCCAGCAAACCGUAAGAGCAGCAUCAGCUGUGCCGAGUCCUCUGACUCUGACUUCAGUUCGUCAGGCCGGAAUGUUAGGGCGUCUUCUUCCAGCUGCAGUGAGGAGGAGCCCCAGAGCCCCCCAAACAGCCCCAGGUCCUCACCCCAGCCAGGGGAGAGCGAAAGUGGCAGCAGCAUCCCAGAUAAGAGCCUCUCCUCCAGCCCCAGCUCCAGGUCUGAGACUGGAUCCUGUAAGAUGCCCACCGCUGCCCCCAGGGUGCCCCCGCGACCCAGAGCCCAGGAGAUCCUGACCCGGUGUACCACCAUGACACGCAAGGCUGCCCUGGCCUCCAGGGGGAGGCUGUUCUCCCUGCAGGACACUGUCCAGACCCACUAGAA